UGGCUCGCUUCUCACUCAAGCUAGAGGUCAUUUGUGAAGGGAUCAACGAGCGACACGUAGUUUGGCAGGGCGAUCACAAAGUACGCCAAGUGACGGGCAGCAACCUGCCCGUAAACAACAUGGGCCGCGAAUUUAGGGUUGAUGUCACCCCGAAUGGCAUGCGGGCCCCUGUGCGUCUAGUUUUUUGGGCAGCCCGAAAAAAACAUGACAGCGAACAAUGGGACGCACCUGACGCACUUUGAUCGCUUUCCCAAUGAUCUGAGGCUCGUUGACCUAACAGGUAGGAGGGUCGCUAGCUACCUAACAGGUUCCAACUCUAUGCUAACUAGUAGUACUAAGUAGCGCUGCAGAGGCCGUUCGUCUGGUUUGGACUCUCAUUGUAACGACGAUAUCGUCCUUUCUUAUCUCCCCCUGUUUUUCCGGAAACGAGCUUCUGUCUGUCCCUCUCAGUCGUUUUUUGUUCAAAUCUUCGUGUCGUUAGGAAACGGACCACCACGAAGGGCCGUUACAACGUUUGGACUACGCCAUUACCACGCGCCGCGACUUACCAUUCCUUUCGCACCGUGCGAGUGACUCGUUAUUAGCUGUUCUUCCUAGCUGGAGCGCCAUGGUUACCUACCCGUCACUCUAGCAGUAACAUUUUCGUGUUCUUCGAAAGCGACGCGGCCUAACCGAGCAAAGCCGUGUCGCAUUUUCAUAGCAUCAUCAUGGAUUGGCGCUCCGCGUCGCUCGCGAAUCGAAAUCCCCAAAGGCGACUCAUCUCUUUCGUUCAAAUCGCCUUGCUGGUCGCUGCCACGACUCCGAAUCUUGGCACAUUCCACGUCGUUAGUGCCGCGACGGACCCAGCUCAAGUGGCCACCCUUCGCGCCAUAGCGUCAGCCUUUCCUUCCUCCAACUCGUUCUUCAAUGCCUGGACUGGCGACGACCCCUGUGCUGCCAGCAACAGCGGCUGGCCGGGGGUCAGCUGUGAGAGCAACGGCACAGGCAACCACAUGGUUACAUCGCUAACACUGCAAGGGUUGGGACUUUCCGGGCAGCUUCCUCCUGCACUGUUUGAGCUCACCACUCUCACAUCCCUGGACAUCGCGCUCAACCCGGGCCUCACAGGCAGCAUCUACAGCACCAUCGGCUCUCUGUCCAGCCUCUCCAUGCUGGACAUGCACGGGUGCAGUCUAUCAGGAUCCAUCCCUGCUACCAUCAGCCUCGUUAAGAAGCUCAACUUCUUUGCUGUCAACAGCAACAAGCUGUCUGGCAGCAUUCCUAGACAGGUGGCGAAUCUAACGGACCUCUUCUUCUUUGACAUCACGGACAACCAGAUCUCAGGGCCGGUGCCUGUCCAACCAGGAUUCGACACGUGUACCAACAUCGCCCACCUUCACCUGGGUCGCAACCAGCUAUCAUGGCUCCCAGGGGAACUGGGACGACUGCCAAAGCUCAUCCACCUCCUUGUGGACAACAACCGGCUGAACCAAACCUUUCCAGCAGGGCUCAGUGGGUCCAGCAGCCUGCUGAUCAUCCAUCUGAGCAACAACACCAUUCAGGGCCGCCUACCACCAUCCCUCAACCUCCCGCAAUUGCAAGACCUGUCCCUGCACAACUGCUCCAUGCCUCCUCAGCCGCUCCUGUCCCUCGCAGGCCUCCCAGCCCUCUGUUAUCUCGAUUUGAGCCGCAACAACUUUCAAGGCUCGGUGCCGCUUGCUCUCUUCAGCAGCCACCCAGAGCUCGUGACCCUCAAUCUAGCCAACAACCAUCUCAGCAGCAAUCUCCCUCCUGCACUCGCCUCAGCCAACCUCUCCCGGCUCCACUCCAUUAUCCUACCGGACAACAACCUGACGGGCCCUGUGCCUCACUUGGACACAUUGCCUGCCAUCGCCACCAUCUCACUCUAUGACAACCACUUCGCCUGGGCGCCUGAUGUCAUGCUGAGCAACGAUAACGUCACUCUGCAGCUCUACGGCAACGAUCUCUGCGUCCCGUAUCGUCCGGAAGUCUCCACUGCGUGCUCGCCCCCGCGCGACAUCAUGCAGUACCAGCCGCCUCUCAUGUGCGACCACUUCUCCUGCCCGUCUCUCUACGCGCCCAGCCCGCCCCUGUUCGCCCUGUCCAACGUCUGCGUCUGUGUGUCGCCGCUGGAGGUGGAGCUCAAGCUCACCGCGCCGCAGUAUGCGGUGUUCAAUGACGACCUGGCGAAACUGCUUGUAGAGAGGAUAGCGGGGAGCCUGAGCAAGAACGGGAUCAGCAUCUCCACAGGGCAGAUCGCCAUAGUCUCAAUCGAAGGCUCCAUCCUCUCCCCUUCCAGCAUCACCACCACCAUCCGCUUCUUUCCCCCUCCCUCCUCCUCCUCUGCCAGCAGCAGCGAUAGCAGCAGCAGUGCCAAUAGCAGCAGCACUUGGCAGCCACCGGAUCAGCCAGAGGAGAUAAGAGAGGUGUUUGUGUGGCACAAGGUGGUGCUGGGGACGGACUUUGGGCCGUACACAGUGGCGGGCAUGUAUGGGCCAGAUUCCCCUCCCCCACCCCCUGCGGCUACUAGUGGGGGAGGCGGCAUGUCAACUGCUGCAAUCGUGGGCAUUGUGGUGGGGGGAGUGGUGACCCUUGCUGUGAUUGCACUGCUGCUGGUGUGGCUGCUGGUGCUGAGGAACAAGACGAAAGACCUGUGGACCUCGGCGGACUAUAAGGCCAUAGAGGGUCUGCAGAGGCUCGGAGUGCAUCGGUGCAAGCUCAAGGAGAUAGAGGACGCGACCCAGGGGUUCAAGACGCUGCUGGGGGAGGGCGGAUAUGGACAGGUGUACAGGGGAGUGCUGGCGUCGGGGGAAGUGGUGGCAGUGAAACGAGCCAAGGGGCAUGUGAAGGUGGGCGGGGUGGAGUUCCGCAACGAGAUCACGCUGCUCUCAGCGGUGCGUCACCGCAACCUCGUGGCACUGAAAGGCUUCUGUGUGGAGGCGGGGGAGCAGCUGCUGGUGUAUGAGUUCAUUGAGAAGGGCACCCUGGAAGACAUGCUGCGCGCCAACUCAGAGCACCCGCUGACGUGGCGGCAGCGGGUUAACAUCGCUUGUGGGGCGGCCAGUGGAUUGGACUACCUGCACCACCAGAUCAAGCCGCCCAUCAUCCACCGGGAUGUGAAGACGGCCAACAUCCUGAUCACAGCGGACCUGGAAGCCAAAGUGGCCGACUUCGGCAUCUCCAAGGCCGUGCCUGAGGAGGCAGAGGGGAAGCUGGAGACACAAGUCAAGGGCACAGUGGGCUAUCUCGAUCCUCAGUACUUCCUCUGCGAUCUUCUGACAGAAAAGAGUGACGUCUUCAGCUUUGGCAUUGUCCUCCUAGAGUUAGCCACAGGCCUGCGCCCCGUAACCGACGGCGAGAACAUCAGACGGAUCGUGGUCGAUAGGGUUACAAACCACGGCGGGGUGUUCAGUGUCAUGGACCCAAGACUUAAAGCCAUGUGUGGAAAGCAGCAGGCGUGGGAGGGGAGCGGGGAGGGGGGAGGAGAGGGGGGAGGAGAUGGAGGAGAGGAGGGAAGUGGUAAGGGAGGGGGGGAGGUGGGGCUGUGUGAGAGUGAGGCGUUACAGGAGACGUUUGAGUGGUUUCUGCGGCUUGGGAUGCGGUGCAGUCUCAAGCAGGCGCAGAACCGGCCCGACAUGCAGCAAGUGCUCAAAGAACUGGAAGCAAUCAAGAGGCGGCUGAACGGCACCUCUGCUUCUCGAGGUGCCGGCGGCGCUGGUGGUGGUAGUGGUGGGAAUGGAAGUGCGCGGGACAAUUGGGAUGUGUUUAGUGGGGAGGGGGAGGGGCCGGCGAGUGCAGCCAAGGCACGGGCAAGGGACAAGUUCUGGGCUGAAAUCGCUGCCUCGGCGUCGAGAGGAGGCCCGAGUGGGUAUGCGGAGCGGGGGGACGGGGAGGAGGAGGGGGAGGAGAACUCGUGGCUUGAGGAUCUGCUGAGUAGGAAGAGAGGAGGGCAGGGAGGGAUGGGAGGAGAAGGAGGUGGAGGGGGAGGGGGAGGUGGAGGAGGAGGGGGAGGGGGAGACGGACGGGAAGGCGCAGGGGAUGGGGAGAAUACCUCGGGCAGCAGCAGUGGGAGUGUGUGGAGGGGAACGACGGGGGGCACUCCCGCCAGUGCCAGCGACAGGGUGACCGUGACUUUCAGCGGCACUGGCAUGCAGUCUGAGGUGACUCUCAGGUGACAGGGGAGGAAGGGAGGGCAGGGAUAGGGGAUGCGCGACAACAUGGGCAGCAGCAGUGGGAGUGUGUGGCAGAAUUGCUGCCGAUGGGGUGACUGACUUUCAGUGCACUGGCAAGCAGUCUGACGUUAUUCCCAGGUGAAAAUGGAGUGGGGAGUGGGGAGGAGGUGAGGGGGUAAGGAGGGGCAUAGGGAAAGGCGAUGGGGUGACUGACUUUCAGCGGCACUGUCGUGCAGUCUGAAGCAGGCCCUCAGAUUCCAGGAUGUUUGAUCCUGAAUUCCUGAUUGUGAAAGCUUGCUUAGGUCCUCUUGUAAAGGCAGCGUGCUUCAUUUCAUCUGGAAAAUAUACAUGGUUCUCGUCC